AUGGCAGAAGAAGCAUCUCAAGACGUCUCAAUGGGAUCACCUCCCCCCGCGCCUACUCAAACAGACCAGGAGCCCAAAUAUGGUGGCUACUCACGAUUCGAGAUUGAACUCGAGUUUGUUCAAUCUCUGGCGAACCCAGCCUACCUCAACCACCUCGCAUCCCAGAAGCUCCUUAACCAGCCCGCCUUUGUCGCAUACCUUGCCUACCUUCGGUAUUGGAGCAAGCCGCCGUAUCUUAAAUACCUGACAUACCCUGGCCCGACACUACGACAUCUCGAGCUCCUUCAGCAGGAAACAUUCCGACAACAGAUUAUUAGUCCUGAUGUAGUAAGGGCACUGAUGGAGGAGGGCAUGAAAGCCUCCGUCGACUGGCACCGCGAGAACUGA